AUGCGUUGGGCACCAAAUGGGCAAAGCGUCCUACUGAGGUGCUGUACAAUCAAAGUACCGAAUAAGAUCUAUGUUGGCACAGACCUCGUCACAGCCGGUUCUUAUUAUGAGGGUGGAGUCGUUGCCAAGAAGGAUAUGUACUAUCCAAAGGGACGAGAGUACGACUUCAUCGCUAACGUGCGAACUGAACAAGGUGGAGUACGUGUAUGGGUCUAUCGGAUAGCAUGUGGAGAGAAGGAUCGUCGUGUGGAGUUUGAGCCGAUAAUGGUUGCACAACCACAACAACCUCUAUCUCAGCCUUCUGUCGAAAGGCUCACAGUG